AUGUCGCUCUCCGCCGGCUCGUCGCCUCGUCCGCGCGCCCGCGCCGCUCGUGGUCGUUCUCCUCUCUCGCCCUCGCCCCUCAAUCUGCGCCCCUACGAGGCGCGCGAGAACUCGCCGCUGCGCCAUCUCAUCGAUGCACCUUCUGGCAGCGGCCUCGGCCCUCGCUCUCGAUCGCACCAGGCGCUGCAGCCGCUGAACUCGGCGCUCAACGUGCCCAACGCUGCAGUGGCGCAGGCUGGCAGUGGCGUGCGCGCGUCGUCGCCGUACAACGACUUCGUAGUGCGACCCGACGAGCCGUCAUGCGGCGAGAUCGCUCGAGCUCCGGCAGCUCCACCCGAUGCAGCGCUGGCGAACGAGCUGCGCAGCCUCUCCACUGAGGUGCGCGGUGGCCAGGCCUACCAGGCGGCGCGCCACCAGGAGGUGAUGGGGGUGCUGCGACAGAUCGCUGGCGGCAUGAUGGCCGCUCGCCAAGGUGCACCGCCUGCGACGUCGCUGCGGACACACCUCGGCAUCGGUGCACCGCCUGCGCGCAGCAACUCGCUCGAUGGGACGCAGCCUGUGUCGCCACAGGUCGCCAUCACGCCGCCGACGCCCUUCAAGGCCUCUCGCUUCGCAACUCCUUCAAGUGCAGCGUCUGGUCCCUCUCUCUCCGGCCCAGCUCCAGCGACAGCCUCAACCUCGACAGCGCCAGGCCCUGCCUCGUCAGCCGAGCCAGCCUUCGCCAUGUCGCAGCCGAGCGUCCGCAUCUCCAUCCUCACGCUGCUCGAUGGCAGCCAGAUCAGUCUGUGCAUCUCGCGUUCCGACACGCCGACUCCGCUGCCUCAGAAUGGCUCGAUUGAUCCGAAGGCGACGGACAAUCGCAAAUAUCUCAUUCCGACUGCAACGCUGCUGAGCUCGCUGCAGAAGACCUAUGACUUCGUGCUGAGCACGCGCAAGCCGGCGCCGGCGCAGCAGAACAUGUCCACGCCGAGCACAGCGCCGGGCUACGCGACGAUGCCGGGCCUGACGAAAGCCUCGCGACUGCGCAGCACCACACCGUCGACUUCGGAGCAGAGCACCGCCAUCACCACGCCUCGCAUCCUCGAUCCUCCGGCUUCUUCCGCGCCUCAAGACGCAGAACGUCAGGCCAAGGAGCAAGCGCGUCAAGCUUCUCUCAAGCGCGCGGCCGAAGAGGAAGCCGUCAUUGCGGCGACGACGGUCAUCAAGCCCAAGACCUACAGCAAAGGCCGCCGCAGUCAGCCUCACGUAGGUGGACUCGAGACGGCGGGCCAUCCCAAGCACACUCAGCCUGCCAAGGACGACGCUUCUCCAAUCGGCUUCCGUUUGCAGUGGCCCGACUACGACAAUCCCGAGACGUUGCUUCCUGCGCCUGUCGAUCAGCACCUUCCGCCGUUCGAUUCGACUCGCUCUCGCUCAGGCACGCCGCUGCCUCAGGCAUCGACCUCGCAGCGCACAAAGCCUGGCCCGCUGUACAACGGCCAUGCCACGAUGCGUGUUCCGGUGACCACGAGCACGCGUCAAGUGUCCCUCGACAGCAUGGCUCGAGCCUCUGAGCUUCUCUCCGAGCCAGCCACCUCGCCGCAGCAGCGCGAGGCAUCCGCAGCGCCCACCGAGGUCGACAUCUCCUCGCCUGAAGCCUCGGCCUCGGAGCUCCGCGAGGGCGCUCUGAUCCGCGAACGCCUCAUGGCUGCGCUUCGCGAUGCAGGAUAUGACGAGAUGAGCCACCAUGACCGUGAAGAGCUGCUCAUCUCGACGUGUCUGGCACAGCAUCGAGGUGCGAAACGUCGCAUGCUGCAGCUGCAGCGCAACAGCGAGACGGCGGCCAAGGAGACGAAUGCAGCGCAUGAGGCGGAGAGACGUGCGAAUGCACUGGUGCAGCAUCUGCAGCUUGAGAUGCAGCGCAAGCAGGAAGAAGCAGACGCUCGGCGUUCCACACUCGAGCGUCAGAACGCAGAGCUCCAGACGGAGCUGCAGCAGCUCCGUGCUCACGUGCAGCGCAUCGACAUGCACGCGAUGCACGGCGACUACUUGCGUCGAGGACCCGAGAGCGGCGAGAACUCGCAAGAGACGUUCGGUGGCGACUCGACGGACCAGUCGACGCCGCAGCAGCAAUUGCAGCAGCUGCAGCCGUCGCAACCGCAGCGCUAUGGAACUCAACAGAUGCUCUCGCCGCACGAUCUCGGACCGCGGUCGGCGCUUGCUGCUGAGAGCAGCCCCAGCGAGGCCAUGCGCGGCCUAGAGCCUGUGCCGCGCCCUAGCGCACAGCAGCGCUCGCUGUCACUGCAGACCGGACGCGACAUGCAGGCGCUGUAUGGCGCUUCCGCCAGCGGCGCAAGUCACGUCGAGCCGCUCCCGCAGCUGGCAGAGCUGGCGUUCCAGGAGCUCAUGAACGCCAGCUCGCGCGCAAACGACGACAUGGAGAUGCAGCACUCGCCGACUACACCCGUCGGGGCGCAAGGCGACACCGCGUCGCAGAUCGGCGCUCAGCACCAGCACUCGCAGCAGUUCCAGCACUUCCAGCAACAGCAGCAACAGCUGAGCGCCGAGCAUGGCUCCCUUGGCGGCACGAUCGCAUCGCUCAUCAACGGCACAAGCGAGUCACAUGUGCGCACGGAGGCCAACGACAUGCAGACGUGAGGCGCAUCAGCAAGCGUCAUGCGCGGCAUACCGCCGUCCUCAUGCCAUCGAGCGCGCCAUGCUGCGGCCCGGUUUCUUCCUGUUCCUCGGCCACUUUCUCCUCCUCCUCGAGUCACCUCUCCGCACUGUCGGUCCUUCACAUCUUCCGCGUUCUGGCCUCGUCAUCAUCGCGAUACCUCAGC